GCAGAUCUUUGAACCCCAUCUGGGUCAUCGCCAAGUUGGUUCAAGAUGCCACCGGCCAUCGGAGGCCCUGUGGGAUACACUCCUCCUGAAGGAGGAUGGGGAUGGGCCGUGGUCAUCGGAGCCUUCAUCUCCAUUGGGUUUUCCUAUGCCUUCCCCAAAUCCAUCACAGUGUUCUUCAAAGAGAUUGAGGUCAUCUUCAAUGCGUCCAGCAGCAAAGUCUCAUGGAUCUCUUCCAUCAUGCUGGCUGUUAUGUAUGCAGGAGGUCCCAUCAGCAGCAUCCUGGUGAACAAGUACGGCAGGCGGCCCAUCAUGAUCGCUGGCGAAAAACUCUCCGGGUGCGGGUUGAUUGCAGCCUCUUUCUGCAACACGGUGGAGGAGCUCUACUUCUGUGUUGGGGUUGUAGGGGGCCUUGGACUUGCAUUUAACUUGAACCCAGCCUUAACCAUGAUCGGCAAGUACUUCUUCAAGAGGCGUCCCCUGGCUAACGGGCUGGCAAUGGCGGGCAGCCCCGUGUUCCUCUCCACCCUGGCACCUGUGAACCAGCUCUUCUUUGGCAUAUUUGGCUGGGGCCGCCAAAAAAAACUGCUGAACUGCUGCGUCGCCGGAUCCCUGAUGCGGCCCAUAGGCCCCAAGCCAGAUCAGCUGAAGAAGGAGGCUGCCAAGGAGGUGCUGCAGGAGGCUGGGAAGGCGGUGAAAAAAGACGAUGGUGACACCAGCACAGACCUCAUCGGCGGGAAGACCAAGAAACAGAAGAGCACAUUUUUCCAGACAAUCAACAAGUUUUUGGACCUGUCCCUGUUCACGCACAGGGGCUUCCUGCUCUAUCUGUCGGGCAACGUGAUCAUGUUCUUCGGGCUGUUCACUCCCCUGGUCUUCCUCAGCAAUUACGCGAAGAGCAAGAAGAUUGCUAACGAGUCUGCAGCCUUUCUACUCUCCAUCCUGGCCUUCGUAGACAUGGUGGCCAGGCCUUCCAUGGGACUGGUGGCAAACACCAAGUGGAUCAGACCCAGAGUCCAGUAUUUCUUUGCCAUCUCUGUGAUUUACAAUGGGGUGUGCCACCUCCUGGCCCCCAUGUCCACCACCUACGCUGGCUUCUGCAUUUAUGCCGGCUUCUUUGGCUUUGCCUUCGGCUGGCUGAGCUCAGUCCUGUUUGAGACGCUGAUGGACCUGGUGGGAGCGCAGCGGUUCUCCAGCGCCGUUGGCCUGGUGACCAUCGUGGAGUGCUGCCCCGUGCUUCUGGGACCCCCUCUGCUAGGGAAGCUCAACGACAUAUACGGUGACUACAAGUACACGUACUGGGCCUGCGGGGUUAUCCUCAUCGUCUCCGGGAUCUACCUCUUCAUCGGGAUGGGCAUCAACUACCGCCUGGUGGCAAAGGAGCAGAAGGUGGAGGAGAAGGCGAGGAACGAAGGGAAGGAGGAGGAGACAAACAUUGACGAAACUGAGAAGCAGAAAGAGGCAAACAACGACGUGGCCCCCUCGCCUCAGAAGAGCGCGGAGGAUGGCAUCAAAGAGGAGGAGAGCCACAUGUGAGGGACCGGUCUCAAUCCCGGAGUGUCGGGGAAGCGCCGCUGCCCUGGCGCGGUGGCUGGGGCAGUGCUCCGCUGGCGCUGGGCAGCUGUGAGAAGUGUUUAAACCAGGUGUUCAUUUUUAACCGGGCUCUGAAUUGUCUUUCCAUCUGUGUUCAACAAAGGUAACAGGGCUACACACGCAGUAUCCUCGUGUGUCGGGGGGCAGGGGGGCUUUUUAUAGUCGGGCUUUUUAACAGUAACAUGAAUGUACUAAUACGUGCCUUACAGUCUUCAUAUCUAGCUGAAUCUGGACGAGCCUUAACUCUAAACUGUGCUUUAGCUCUGUAUUCUGCUUGGGGGGUGUGUGUGUGAGCGUGCGUGUGUUUUGGGGAGUUUUGUUGUUAAAAAGCCAUAAAAAGCAGGAUACUGGAUUUGUUGAAGCACGAUGGCCUUCAGGGCUGGCCCCGGAUGAAUGCUGCUUCACACGCUUCUUACCGCAGGCCCUCCGCGGAGGGGGAGAUCCGGGCACGGGGCGGGGUGGUCUUUGGCUCCUGUGCCGGGUGCCUUCUGGCUCUGUAGGUGGUCUUUUAGGUAUGUUUUGAAAACACUUUAGCUACUGUAGUUCUUUAAAAUCCCUCUUUUGUAGUUGUGCUCUCACGGGAUAUUCGGGUUGGAGAAGGAUGGCUGCGGCUCAGGCUGGGC